CCCUUUUCCAACGAUCUCACAUGCGCAAAGCGUCGCACAAGAAUUCUCAAGAAUUUAGCACGAAAUUCACGGGCCGUUCAUUUUUAAGGAGACAUAAAAUUUGCGAUCGACCUUCGAAGUAGAAGAUUGUGUUUGCGACAGAGUUUGUGACGCAUUUGUAUGCAGAAGUCCGUGAAAGAGGUGGAGGCAGAGAGUGUGCAGGAUAAGGUGAAUUGGGUUCGGUGAGCAGAGGAUUUCGCACGUCGUUUUGGGUUGAGGGAUUCUAUCGCAGGAGUUUCGGGAGAGCGCGACAGUUUCUUCAAAUUAGGUUUACAUGGAUGCAGGGAUAGACUACAUUUUUAGGCACUGAGGGAAAAGGGUUGUAUUGUGAGGAAUCUGCGGAGAGGAAGGUGGUAUCAUGGCUGCCUUGCUAAUUCCUCCCUCCUCAUGCUGUUCUUCGCCCAAGUUCCUACUCUGCUCUCGCGGCUCAUCCUCCACUUCCCCCUUGCUUGUUCUCCUUCGUUCUCUCUGCUUUUCGUCUCACCGGAACACCUCCUCGAAAUUGACUUACCGUGUGGCGCUGAGAGCUUACCAGCAUCCUUUCAGAGCUCUCCAGAAUCAAGUUCCCAUUAACGUUUUCCGUACCUCAGUUAUACGCCGGCGGGUUUUUGGGAAUAAUGAAAGGACUGUGUGUUGUGAUGACUCCGCAAUAACCUUGAAAACGUUGGGCGGAAGCAGGAGUUUCCACGGAGUCGAUAGGAACGCAUAUUUGCACAGAGAAGGACAGAGGCGGGCCAUAACUACAUGUCGAGUCGCCAGCGAUGCUCUUGAUGCAGACGUCAAAGCUUAUGAUGCAGGCCAAAUUCAGGUUCUUGAGGGCUUGGAGGCUGUUCGUAAGCGUCCGGGAAUGUACAUUGGCAGCACAGGGACUAAGGGGCUCCAUCAUCUUGUAUACGAAGUUCUUGAUAAUGCAAUUGAUGAGGCUCAAGCAGGGUUCGCUUCUACGGUGGAUGUAGUAAUCCAUACUGAUGGUUCUGUCAGUAUUUCAGACAAUGGACGUGGGAUCCCUACAGAUGUUCAUCCGGUAACAAGGAAGUCCGCGCUGGAGACUGUGCUUACGGUUUUACAUGCAGGUGGUAAAUUUGGAGGAGAAAGCAGUGGGUACAGUGUCUCUGGUGGCUUGCACGGUGUCGGUAUCUCAGUCGUGAAUGCUCUUUCCGAGAGGGUGGAUGUAACGGUUUGGCGCAAUGGCCACGAAUACAGGCAGUCUUUUGAAUUUGGUAAAGCUGUAUCACCUCUCAGCGCCUUUCCGCUUCCGAACGACCAAAAAGGGCGUACAGGCACGCGUGUUAAGUUUCUCCCGGACAAGCAAGUGUUCACAUCAACUACUGAAUUCGACUACAAUACCAUUUCUGGGCGUGCCCGUGAACUUGCAUUUCUUAAUCCCCAGGUUACUAUAAACUUAAUGCAGGAGCAUGCAAAUUCAGAGAAAGUUCGCUCUAAUGCAUAUCACUUUUCUGGGGGCCUUAAUGAGUAUGUUCUAUGGCUUAACAAUGAUAAGGAGCGUUUGCAUGAACCUAUAUCUAUUCACAGGGAAAGAGAGGGCGUUGCUAUCGAUGUGGCAUUACAAUGGAGUGCUGAUCAAUACACGGAUACCAUUUUAGGGUAUGCUAAUAGCAUUCGCACUUCUGACGGUGGUACUCACCUAGAUGGAAUGAAAGCUGCUGUUACUCGUACACUUAACACUCUUGGAAGGAAGGCAAAAAUUUUGAAGGAGAAGGACGAAAACUUGUCAGGAGACCACGCUAGAGAAGGUCUUACUUGUGUUGUUGCAGUGAAGGUUCCCAAUCCAGAGUUUGAGGGACAAACUAAGACACGGUUAGGAAAUCCAGAAGUACGACGAAUUGUUGACCAAGCAGUUCAGGAGUUGGUUACCGAAUACUUGGAACAGCAUCCCAACACUCUUGAGGCUAUAUUGUCCAAGGCUCUUCAGGCUUUCAGGGCAGCAAUGGCUGCAAAGAAAGCAAGGGAGCUUGUGAGACGAAAGAAUGUUUUAAAGUCCUCCAUGCUCCCUGGAAAGCUUUCUGAUUGUUCCUGUACAGAUCCCAGGAACGCUGAAAUUUUUAUUGUGGAGGGAGAUUCUGCUGGAGGCAGUGCCAAACAGGGCCGCGACCGUCGUUUCCAGGCAAUAUUACCACUUAGAGGAAAAAUUCUGAAUAUUGAGCGCAAAGAUGAUGCUGCUAUUUAUAAGAAUCAGGAGAUUCAGAAUUUGAUCUUGGCAUUGGGACUUGGUGUGAAGGGUGAGGAGUUUAGUAAGGAUUCAUUGCGUUACCACAAGAUAAUUAUUCUGACAGAUGCGGAUGUGGAUGGUGCUCAUAUCCGCACCUUGCUUCUAACAUUCUUCUUUAGAUAUCAGAGGGCUCUGUUCGAGGCUGGAUGUAUAUAUGUUGGAGUACCACCACUUUAUAAGGUGGAAAGAGGGAAGCAAGCUCACUAUUGUUUCAAUGAAUCUGACUUGAAGAACGUGUUGAAAACCUUUCCCAGCAAUGCGUCCUAUAACAUUCAACGAUUCAAAGGGUUGGGAGAGAUGAUGCCACAACAAUUGUGGGAAACCACACUUGACCCGCAGCAACGCAUGUUGAAGCUACUAACAUUGGAGGAUGCUGCUGAGGCUAGCAUGAUGUUUUCUACCCUCAUGGGAGAUAAGGUGGAGCCUCGGAAAGAGCUUAUUCGAACUAAUGCAUCACGGAUGAAGUUGGAGAACCUCGAUCUAUAGCCUCCAAGUUGCUAAUGUUUCAGACACUCUCUGAUUUCUAGGUUAUGCAAUCUCGAACAAUGAACAUUCAAAACAGGAAAUUUUCUAUCUAUUAGAGGGCUUAGAGGGUCACCUUGUCAAGUUGAAAUGUCCCCUUUUAUUUGGGGUCAUUAUGGAAAUUGGAAGAAAAACCAUAGAUUUUUAUAUGGGGUUUUGACACUGGGAAUCAGUCUGUAAGCUUUAUUUUAAGAACAUUUUCAAAGUGAUUCACAAGCAACAGGCUCUUUGUCGCCUAUAAAUGUUUAAGUAAUGUA